AUGAAAGCUUCUGACCUUAUCGCUCUGAGCGUUGCUCUCUUCUCCAACCCAUCGGUCUCUCAAGGCUAUACCAACCAGUCAGAGGUACCUCUCUACGGUCAAAGUCCGCCAAUUUACCCCAGUCCAAGCGGCAAUGGUUCAACUUCGUCGUCAUGGGCGGCAGCAUAUGCUCGAGCCAAAGAUCUUGUGGCUCAACUAACUCUAGAAGAGAAGUCAAACCUCACUCACGGAGUCACCGGGCCUUGUGUCGGACAGACAGGCGCAGUUCCACGUCUGAACAUACCCGAACUAUGCUUUGCGGACGCACCAGCUGGCGUGCGUGUGCAAGAGUUUGUGUCCUCGUUUCCUUCUGGUAUUCAUCUCGGAGCCACUUUCGAUCGAGACCUUAUGCUGAGAUACGGUCAUGCGAUUGGACGCGAGUAUCGUGGAAAGGGUAUACACGUGGCACUUGGUCCUUUCAUCGGCCCAAUUGGACGGGUUGCGAGAGGGGGCCGAAACUGGGAGGGCUUAGGAGCAGACCCGUACCUCGCAGGAGUCGGUGGAGGUCUAAUAACAAGGGGCACGCAAGCAGAGGGUGUCAUUGCGACCCCCAAGCUGACCGAGUUCAAGCAUUGGCUUCAUCAAGAGCAAGAAUACAGGCGCAUGCCUGGUUCAGAAGGCGAAGCGGUCUCAUCUAAUGUGGAUGAUCGAUCGACCCAUGAAUUGUAUGCAUGGCCAUUCAUGGAUUCCCUCAGGGAAGGCGCUGCGUCCGUCAUGUGUUCGUAUCAGCGGACAAACAACAGUUACGGCUGCCAGAACAGCAAGCUUCUGAAUGGUAUCCUCAAGACUGAACUCGGGUUCGAGGGUUUUGUCGUUUCUGACUGGGAUGCACAACACUCUGGUGUUGGAUCGGCCAACGCCGGCCUUGACGUUGUCAUGCCUGUAGCAAAGUUCUGGGGUAAAAACCUGACUGAUGCAGUGACGAACGGCUCGAUAUCAACCGAAAGGCUUGAUGACAUGAACACAAGAUUGCUUGCAGCAUACUUCUAUCUCAAACAGGAUCACGGUUUCCCCGAAAAUGCGGUCUACCCAUACAACGUCCUCCACCCUAUCGUCGAUGUGCGCGAGGACCACGCCUCGUUGAUCAGAGAGAUCGGAGCUGCCGGCACUGUUCUCGUAAAAAAUGUCAACAACGCACUACCUCUCCGCAAACCUCGCUUUCUGAACAUCUACGGCUACGAUGCCGAAGUUAAGGCCCAACCGUGGAACAACCCUUCCCGCUAUGGAGGCGGAUAUGAAGAGAAUUUCGGCUGGUCAACCCUCAAUGGAACCCUCAUCACAGCAGGGGGUUCUGGUUCGAGCACACCACCCUACGUCAUCAGCCCCUUCAAAGCUAUCCAGGAUCGCAUUAUUGCAGACCGUGGUACCCUGCGUUGGGAUUUCUUUAGCGUCAACCCAACUGUAUACGCCAACGCCGACGCAUGUCUCGUCUUCAUCAACGCCUAUGCGUCAGAGAGCUUCGAUCGCACAAGCCUUACUCACGACUUCAGCGACCAGCUCGUCAACAAUGUCGCAAAGAACUGCAGCAACACUGUCGUUGUUCUGCACAGCGCGGGCAUCCGCGUUGUUGACUCUUGGAUUGAGCAUCCUAACGUGACUGCAGUCUUGUUCGCCGGUGUGCCAGGUCAGGAAAGUGGAAAUGCACUCGCCGACGUCUUGUACGGCGAUGUAAAUCCUUCUGGACGUCUGCCUUACACAGUCGCACGCAAUGAGUCGGACUACGGACACCUCCUCAACUCCACCGUUGAUCCUACGCACCCUGCUUUCUUGCAAAGCAACUUUACGGAAGAGCUGUAUAUCGACUAUCGUGCUUUCAAUCAAAAGAACAUCACGCCGAGAUACGAGUUUGGCUACGGUCUCUCGUACACCACGUUCGAGUACGCGGAUCUGAGCAUUGAGAGUGUGACCAACGCGUCCCUUGCCAGUUUUCCCUCUGAUUCCGUUGCUAUUGUUCAAGGUGGACAUCCGGAGCUCUGGGAGGUACUCUACCGAGCACAUGUCAAUGUUACCAAUAUCGGUAGCGUGGCCGGUCAUGAAGUUAUGCAGUUGUACCUGGGGGUCCCAAAUGCGCCAGAACGACAGCUGCGAGGCUUCGAGCGCGUGGGUUUAUUGCAGCCGGGCGAAAGCCGUGCAAUCGAGUUUGCAUUAUAUCGACGCGAUCUGAGUGUGUGGAACGUGGUGGCACAGAAGUGGGAACUACAGAGGGGAAAUUACAAAGUUUGGGUCGGAGCCAGUAGCAGAGAUAUCAAAGUUGAGAGUGAGAUUAGUGUUCAGUAG